CAGCAGGAGGCGGUAGAGCCCCACAUUGAACCUCUGAGCAGCUCAGUCUCAUGUCCGUGUUUACAAGCGAAGCGUGACGUUUCAGGGACUCACUAGAAAACGUCUCCAGGCGCAACUAAACGCUACAAAUUCUAUGUAUAAACGUGCAAAAAAAUGCAGUCACUGAAAGCUUUCCUCAGCGAGAGACUGACAGCAGCAGCCGAGGAGAUCUUUGGAGCUGUGGAGAAGACAAUAGCAGAGUACAAAGAGGAGAUUUCUCGUUCAAAAGAUUUAGAAAUCAGUCGUCUCAGGAUGCAGCUGAAGCUCCUCAAGUCAGAGCCACGGUUGGAUAGAUGCCUGGGAGCCCAGCUGCAGCAGCUCACCCAUCAUCAUCACCACCACCACCCUCCUCCUCCUCCUCCUCCUCCUCAGCAGCAGCAGCAUCAGUCAGUCCCUGCAGUGGAGCCUCCUGAGUCCCAGCCCUGUGAGGAGGAUGGAGGCAGCAGCAUGGACCAGGAGCAUCCAGAGCCCUCUCAGGUGAAGAAGGAGCAGCAGCAGAUGAAGAGCCACAGGGAUUUCUGGAUGUCUCACGAUGCAGAGCAGCUGGAAAGCCUGGAAUCGGACAUCAAGGACUUCAUCUCGUCUCCUUCCAGCCUGAAAGGAAGCCUGCAUGACCCCACUUUGCCCUUCCAUCCCUACCACAACAACCACGGCGAGGACAGCAGAGAGAAACCCUACUGCUGCUCAGUUUGUGAAAAGCGUUUCAGUAACUGCUCCCACCUGGCAGCUCACAUCAGGACACACACAGGGGAGAGGCCUUACAGAUGUGAGAUAUGCAGAAAGACUUUUAUCACAACGAGCGCUCUGAACAGACACCAGACGAUCCACACUGAAGGGAAACACUUUGUCUGCAAUUACUGUGGCAAAUCCUUCAAAUGGAUGGAGUCUCUUGGUCGGCACAUGAGAAGUGUGCAUAAGAGAGAGAAUAUGCCUGUAUGACUCUGAAAUAAUGUCCAAUAGAUUAGUGUUAUGUUGUUACUGUUACGUUAGUCAUCUAUGAUUUAUAAAAACACUCGAACAAAGAAUGUAAUUUUUUUUAUGUUUAGUCGUACGUUAUGUUGUGCAUGGACCUCAUUAAGCCAAGUAAGCCAGUAAAUGAUGUGCAAAUGGAUUGUAAAAAAUACAUGCACAGAUGUAGUGUUUUAUAAAUAUAUGAUGGUAAAUGUAUUCUUACAGAAUAAAAUGUAAAUACUCUU